AUGGCGGUUCUUUUGACUCCCCGAACCGCAGGCAGCCGGAGCGAGCUGCCCGGCCCAGGGCGGAGCGGGUCGAGUUUCGUAAGCCGUAGAAGUGGCUUCUGCCGGAAAAGGAGGACAGGAUGUUCUGCUUUUCAAGCUACUCAGCUAUGGGAUGGUAUUAUUCACUCCCUUCAGACUCAAGUGGAAGUAAAAAGGAGGAGGCAUCAUUUAUGAACAUACAAAGACUGUUUUACUGGUUCUGAUGAUGUUGAUGUAGUAUUAGUAAGUCAUCUUAUGCAAAAUAUGUGCGUAAGUAGUAAUGAUCUCUCUCGUCUUAAAGGAGUUCAUCUUUGCCAAGUUCUAAUGAACCAUAAGGUAUUUCAACCAGUAGGAGUGAAGCUAUUCAAAAAUGAGAAAGAAUUGGAAUUUGAAGAUUCAAAAAAUAGACUCUAUAGGUUUCUAGGCAAUAAAUCAUCUUUUUUUUGCAAGAGAAAAAAGGAUGCUGAGAAUGGAUUAACACAUAAAAUAAAUGCAAAGGAAUCUUUAAAACCAGAAGAUGAAAUAAUUUCAAAUCCUCUAGCAGAAAUUGAUGAGAAAAGAAUUAAGGAACUUAUUCAUGCAAAGAGUGGGAAUCUGGCUUUACCUCCAAAUAUCACAGUUGACAAACCUGUUCUCCCGCUUUCAAAAGAAGGAUUGACACCUGGCUUAAUGCAGCAUUGAAUGCGUGGAGUAUUUCCCUGACCAGUUCGUCGUUUCAGUUAGUCAGCAGUUCGUGCAAAACAGAAAUGAAGAGACAAGACUGAAUAAACAGAAGAAGAUACUCUUUGAUGUCAUAGUAAAAUAUUAUAAUCAAGAGAGAUAUUGCCUGUUAACUGAUGAGUAUUUUGAUAUGCGUUCAGGAAUUAUUGAACUUUUAGUAUGAUAACAAAACGGUUGUCCUGAAAACUCGUGCCAAAGCAGUUUUUCAAACCAAAUCAUUAUCAAAAGUACAGGCAGAACAAGUCAUCUGGUUUCUACUGGAAUAUCACUCUGAGCUCUUCAAGGUAUCUGGCAUUUUGCCUGGGCACAUUUAGUGCCAAGCUAUUUCUGUUCAGC